AUGCAGGCUGUGUUCCGUGGUUUCCAAGUCCGAAGGCAGUACUGGAAGAUAAUUUGGCUUGAAAAGGCAUUAUUUCGGUGGCGUUUGAAGAGGAAAGGUUUCCAUGGGCUUAAACUCCAGUCUAGUCAAGUAGUUAAUCACAAACCAGAUGAUGUGGAGGAGGAUUUCUUCCAAGCCAGCAGGAAACAAGCUGAAGAACAUAUUGAAAGAUCUGUUGUGCGAGUUCACGCCAUGUUCCGUUCUAAGCAAGCACAAGAACAAUAUAGGAGGAUGAAGUUGGAACAUAAUAAAGCAACGCUGGAAUACGAAGGGACUCUCAAUCCUGACACUGAGAUGGACUAAGAGGACAAGUUACAAGCAUUUCAUAUAUAUGGCUGAUUUAGCACUGCUGAUGGAAA